CGCAUUGGCAGACGCGGCCACACCUCGAAGCUCUGGGGGGAAGCCACAGACCUCAGCUGUACCAGCUCAGCCUGGGCUAGAGGAACUUUCCGCAGGGCUCCACACAAACAGCCGCUCGGCCAGGGCUGUCUGCGAACCCGAGCCUCGGAGGAGCACAGACGGCGGCAGGUACGCGGUGCGCGCGGCGUCAGGCCCUGGGCGGCGCGGCGGCGGCGUGAAGGUCCCGGCGCUGCAGGUCCGGUGCCAGCGUGCGCGCGCGGCCGGCCGGGCCAGCCGCAUCCCUUGGCAGCCGCCCCGCUCUCCCGGAGCCGCCGCGGCCCUCCCCGCCGGCCUCGGCCCCCCGCUGGCUGCAAAACCUCCCCGCCGCGCGCCCCGGCCGAACAUGGCUGCGCGCCCCGCCGCCACCCUCGCCUGGUCGCUGCUGCUCCUGCCCUCGGCCCUGCUCCGCGGCUGCUGCCCGGAGCGCUUGGCCGCCGAGCCGGACUCAAAGCUCGGGGAGGUGGUUUUCCCGGAGUCCCCCCUGCAGAGACCCACGGUGCUAGUGGCCGUCCUCGCCCGCAACGCCGCGCACGCGCUGCCUCACUUCCUCGGCUGCCUGGAGCGCCUGGACUACCCCAAGAGCAGGAUGGCCAUCUGGGCAGCCACAGAUCACAAUGUGGAUAAUACGACCGAAGUACUCAGGGAGUGGCUGAAAAAUGUACAAAGACUCUAUCACUAUGUGGAGUGGAGGCCAAUGGAUGAACCAGAGUCUUAUCCUGAUGAGAUUGGGCCAAAGCACUGGCCAAGCUCCCGGUUUGCCCAUGUCAUGAAACUACGACAGGCAGCCCUUCGAACUGCGAGGGAGAAAUGGUCAGACUACAUCCUGUUCAUAGAUGUUGACAACUUCCUGACUAAUCCACAGACUCUCAACCUAAUGAUUGCAGAAAACAAGACCAUCGUGGCGCCCAUGCUGGAGUCCCGAGGGCUGUACUCUAACUUCUGGUGCGGAAUCACACCUCAGGGCUUCUAUAAACGGACUCCAGACUACCUUCAGAUUAGAGAAUGGAAGAGGAUGGGCUGCUUCCCUGUCCCCAUGGUCCACUCCACCUUCUUAAUUGAUCUCAGGAGGGAGGCUUCUGACAAGCUCACCUUCUACCCGCCACACCAGGACUACACCUGGACUUUUGAUGACAUCAUCGUCUUUGCCUUCUCCAGCAGGCAAGCAGGCAUCCAGAUGUACCUCUGCAACAGAGAGCACUAUGGUUACCUGCCCAUCCCCCUGAAGCCCCACCAGACACUGCAGGAGGACAUCGAGAACCUCAUCCACGUGCAGAUAGAAGCAAUGAUUGAUCGUCCUCCAAUGGAACCUUCCCAGUUUGUGUCAGUGGUCCCUAAGUAUCCAGACAAGAUGGGAUUUGAUGAGAUAUUCAUGAUUAACCUCAAACGCAGAAAGGACAGGCGGGACCGGAUGUUACGCACACUCUACGAGCAAGAGAUCGAGGUCAAGAUUGUGGAGGCGGUGGAUGGGAAGGCACUCAACACAAGCCAGCUGAAGGCCUUGAACAUUGAAAUGCUGCCAGGUUAUCGAGAUCCCUACUCCUCCAGGCCUUUAACCAGGGGUGAAAUCGGCUGCUUUCUUAGUCACUACUCUGUCUGGAAAGAGGUAAUUGACCGAGAACUCGAGAAGACUCUUGUUAUUGAGGAUGAUGUGCGUUUUGAACACCAGUUCAAGAAGAAGCUCAUGAAGCUGAUGGAUGACAUCGAUCGGGCUCAGCUGGACUGGGAAUUGAUUUACAUUGGUAGGAAGAGGAUGCAAGUCAAAGAGCCAGAGAAAGCGGUACCCAAUGUAGUAAAUCUGGUUGAAGCUGACUAUUCCUAUUGGACCUUGGGCUAUGCCAUCUCUCUGGAAGGAGCACAGAAGCUAGUUGGAGCUAAUCCUUUUGGGAAGAUGCUGCCUGUGGAUGAGUUUCUGCCAAUCAUGUACAACAAGCAUCCUGUAGCCGAGUACAAAGAGUAUUAUGAAUCCAGAGACUUGAAAGCCUUCUCUGCAGAACCCUUGCUCAUCUACCCCACGCACUACACAGGCCAGCCAGGCUACUUGAGUGAUACGGAGACCUCGACCAUCUGGGACAACGAGACAGUGGCAACUGACUGGGACCGGACACAUUCCUGGAAGUCACGGAAGCAAGGUCACAUCCACAGCAAUGCCAAGAAUACAGAGGCACUGCCAUCACCAACUUCCCUGGACACUGGGCCCUCAAAGGACGAGCUCUAACGGCUUCCUGAGACUGGUUCGCCACUGCUUGGGGUUUCUAAAGAGCUGUUCAUCUGUUUGCUCCAGGUUUUAGAGUGGUCACAAUCAUCCGACCAAAGUGGUCUGACCCGACUGAUUAAAUUAAUGUAUUUUUGACAGGGGAUGGGGGUAGAGAAACUAAACUCAAAUUUUCUACUAUAGCUAAAAGAUAGGCCUUAUGGGACUGGUAAGUUAAACUUCAGUCCACAUAACCCAAUUCUUCGGCUCACUGGCCACCCAAUAACGCUGCCCAAAUUAGGGUAGCAACAUGGCUCAGAAUCUUGUCCAAGAGACAGAUUCACCAAGCUGUCACAUCAGUCAGUGGAUAGUCAAAGCAGCCAAGUUAACCGGACCACAUUUAUUGGUCUGGGUUGUCUGUUUAAUGUGACAGAUGUGACUUUAAAACUCCAAGCCAACUAGGUUACAUUCAUUGGUCUAGUUGAUUCAUUUUAUGUGACCUUGAAAACUUGUGCGCAUAACAAGGGUUUUUUUGAGUGAGAUAAUCCAACCAUUUAAAUUUACAUUAAUGGGGCUUUUUAUUUAAAGGAAUUCUGUCGUGAGCCUUAUUGUGAAGUGGAUUUUUUAAUUGUUAGCCCCAUUGCCCAACAGAGAUGGUAAUCGGGUCCGGCCGAGACAUGGCCCUUGACCAUCGUGGCAACUGGGCUCUCAUAAAGACGUGUCCAGUUUCCCAUGUGACUGUAAUAUGGUAGGUAAAUACUGAGGGGCUUUUAUAGAUAUUUGAGGGGAAAAAGAACUUUGGCCUUUUUCAUUGUGGCCUCUUGAGCCAGGAUGCUGUAUUUAUAAAGAUAAAUAUAAUAUAUACAGGGCUAGGGCAGCGGGGAGUCCUGCCCUGUCCUGGGGUUCAUGUGCUGCCAUAGCACCCCACACCCUCCGCUCCAUCCCUUAGCCUGGGGACAAACUGCAGGUGGGAGUUUUAUGAGUUACUGUUAAUAGACAGAGCACAUUUUCAGGUCAGCAACUGCCCUUCCCUGGUGGUUCAUUAUAUGUCAAAUUAUUUAUUUUACAAAAUGUGGGGGAAGCAUUGUUGGUAGGGUGAGGCAGAGAAACAGAUGUUGCAAGCUUUCGUCGCACCCCAGGGAGGGGCCCGUGUCAACACAUUUGUUCCACCAUCUGAGUCUCCUGAAUUUCCCAGCCUGGCUCUUGCAAGGAGGCCUGUCUGGGGAUCUUAACCAUCUGAAAACAAAUUAUCUUGCACUUAAGGAGAGAAACUUUGGCCAGAAAUGAUGGACUAGAUCACACGGUUAGGCCAACAAUCAGGGAAACAGACUUUUGGAGCCACAAUCCUAGGCAGACACCAUUUCUCAAAAGAUGUCCCCUGAAAUUCCUUUCUGCUUUAUUCAUAGACUGGUUUUAAGUAAAGUUCAGGGUUGGACUGUGUGAUCACAUCCAGAUCCACUAUCUGGCAUCCUAAGAUAUCUCAUGAUGGUCCAUCUCAACCAUCACCUUCUCUCCUGAUUUAUUGUUGAUAUUCUUCUCCACUGACUAAUAAGCCAGGAGGUUGAGGAAAGGCGCAUUUUUACUGCUUGGACAGAACUGCCAGAGCUUAACUCUUCUAGAAAAACAGGAAGAGCACCUGGGAAGCUCGUGAAAAAGUCCUUACGCGGUUCCUAAGGUUUCCUUGGGUAUUUGGUAUUUUGUCCGCAUAUUUGAGUGUGUGCAAGUGUGCUUGGUUUUAAUUAUUUUUAAUGGGGUGAUAAGUGGCUGGGUGUUGGAAGUAGAGGAAGAUUGAGUUGAUUUUUGUAUUGUUUUGUUUAGUAGAGAACUUUUUCCCUCCCCCGCCCCCGUCAGCUGGUCUGACGAGUUUAAGAAUUUUCAUUCCUUAAAUACAAUGGAUUUAAAUUCUGGAGUUUUAGGCUAGGAUUGUUCUACUGUGAAUAAAGCUCUGAUUCUGUCAGCCCAUGCUUUGCUCUUCCCUACUCAGGUCUGCAUCCCAAGAAAUGUUCUUUUCUUGUGAACUUUGUAAACUGCAGAGCUAGUAUUUCCUUUACAAAACCAUCUCUUCAGCAAGCCAGAGGUUCUCUGACCUUUUUAUUUGUGCUGCCUCCCUUGUGGUCUUAAACUAAGACAUUGGACCCGUGCAAUUCCACACAGGGCCAUCAGUACAGUCUUUGCCUGCUCCUAGUCCUGACACCUGUCCUCUCUGCCUCCGAGGUUAAACCCUUCUGGAGUCCCCUCAGGACCCAGGGAGGGAUCUUCUGGACAGAGAAGUCUGACUUCAGCAGUUCUGGUGCCCUUGUGCGUGGCCUGAGCACCUAAAGUUUGCAGAGGACCGGCUGCAUGGGCCUUGCUUUGGGUUCCUUGGGUGUCCUGCAGGAAUCCUGGAGAUCAGGAACUGCUGUCCCACACCCUGCUUUGUCCAUCUUGCUGUGCUAUUUCAGGGUGUAAAACUGAUAAAGUAUUUGCCUUUUGGAGCUCUUUGUAAAAAAUUUAAAAAAUCUUAGCUCAAAGUUAUGAUUGGUCAUGGGUUAUUCAAACACCACUUAUUGGCCAACACUGCUGGGAUUUCUGGAUUUGCACUAGACUGGAGGUGUGGGAAGCCCGACAGUGCAGAACAGCUGGGCGUGGCGGGUAGGGAAGCUUUUCCGGCUUAGAGAAGGGACGAUUGUGCAAAGAUCUAUCUGGAAGUGACGGGGGACUCAGGAGGAGGCAAGAGCUCUGGACAUUUUGGGAUCAGUGACGAGAAACAAGAGAGACUAGAUAAAGAUGUCAAGAUAAGUUGGCUACCUUCUCUCUGUGGGUUGAUCCUAAAAUACACUGGCCAUUGUUCCUGGAGGAAUUCUAGAUUUGGUUACUUUCCUAAAAAAACAACACAGAAGUUCUCUAUCAUGUGAUAUCAAAAACAAAGACUCUCAUUUAGAUGCAAACUUAGAAAUCUUACAGUUUUUCAUUUGUUUCUUUCUUUCUUUUUUUUUUUUCUGGUGCCAGGAAUCGAACUCACGACGUCACGCUUGCCAGGCAGGCACUGUACCGCUGAGCUAAAUCCCCAGCCCCCCAGUUUUUCAUUUGUGAUCAGAACAAAUCCCUCCAACUGGUGACUCUAAAAUAAAGACAACUUUUUAUAGGA